AUGAAUCUGUUCUUGGUGGUUUUUUUCUCUUUUGCUUAUACGCAGCUGGUCAAAGGUCAAUCAUUGCCCGGUUGCGCAGAUAGAUGUGGCAACGUCAAGGUUGAAUACCCUUUUGGAAUCUCUUCAGGUUGUUACUAUGCCGGAGAUAAUAGUUUCAAACUCACAUGUAACGAGACAAAUAAUAAGCUAAUCUUUGGCGGAAAUGAAGUGAUCAACAUCUCUCACAGCGGGGAGAUACGCGUGCUGAAUACUAGAUCUUAUGUUUGUUACAAUAAGCAAGGAAAGCAGAUUGGCCGCGAAAACCGGUGGUCUAGGCUUGGUAAUUUAACAUUCUCCGAAAAGAACAGAUUUAUUGCGGUAGGUUGUAACACUUACGCGUUUCUCAACACUAAUGGAGUUGGAAAUUACUCAACUGGAUGCAUGUCAACAUGUACUUCUCUGAGAGCGACAAAUGGAUCGUGUUCCGGUGGAGGUUGCUGUCAGACUUCUGUCCCUAGAGGAAGCAAUUACUUUAGAGUCAGACCAUAUAGUUUUUCCAAUCAUACUUCUGUGUAUGACUUCAACCCUUGCAGCUACGCCUUUCUCGUCGAAGAUGGUAAGUUUAACUUCAGUUCUACUCAAGAUCUUAAGAAUCUUCGGAAUAUAACGAGGUUCCCUGUGGUGCUGGAUUGGUCUAUUGGUAAACAAACAUGCAAGCAAGUUGGAAACGCAAGCAUAUGCCGUGGGAAUAGCAUAUGUUCUGAUUCGGUUCGUGGAACCGGUUAUAUCUGCAUUUGUAAAAAAGGGUUUGAUGGAAAUCCAUACCUUUCAAACGAAAACGGUUGCCAAGACAUCAAUGAGUGUACCACUAGUAAUACUAUCUAUAAACACAAUUGUAUGGGUCUCAGUACAUGUGAAAACACACUAGGAGACUUCCUUUGUAAUUGCCCGUCUGGUUACCGCUUAAAUGUUACCGAUAUGAGCUGCAUUCGUAAAGACAAGCCUGGAUACUUUGGAUGGACUCAAAUUUUUCUUGGAACCAGCAUUGGCUUCUUGGUCCUCUUGCUUGGCGUUAGCUGUAUACAACAGAGAAUGAAGCAUAAGAAAGACACCGAGCUCCGACAACAAUUCUUCGAGCAAAAUGGUGGUGGAAUGUUGAUAAAUCGACUUUCAGGAGCAGGGUCAUCAAACGUUGAUGUCAAAAUAUUUACUGAGGAAGGCAUGAAGGAAGCAACUAAUGGUUAUGAUGAGAGCAGAAUCUUGGGUCAGGGAGGACAAGGAACAGUCUACAAAGGGAUAUUGCCGGACGAUUCCAUAGUUGCUAUAAAGAAAGCUCGGCUUGGAGACAGUAGCCAAGUAGAGCAGUUCAUCAAUGAAGUGCUUGUGCUUUCACAAAUCAACCAUAGGAACGUGGUCAAGCUCUUGGGUUGCUGUCUAGAGACUGAAGUUCCCUUGUUGGUCUAUGAGUUCAUUACCAGCGGUACCCUUUUCGAUCACUUGCACGGUUCUACGUUUAAUUCUUCUCUUACAUGGGAACACCGCCUGAGGAUAGCCGUGGAAAUCGCUGGAACUCUUGCUUAUCUUCACUCCUCUGCUUCUAUUCCAAUCAUCCACCGCGAUGUCAAGACUGCUAAUAUUCUCCUGGAUGAAAACUUAACCGCAAAAGUAGCAGACUUCGGUGCUUCAAGGCUGAUACCAAUGGAUAAAGAGCAGCUCACAACUAUGGUGCAAGGCACUCUAGGUUACUUGGAUCCAGAAUACUACAACACAGGGUUGCUAAACGAAAAGAGCGAUGUUUAUAGCUUUGGGGUAGUCCUCAUGGAACUGUUGUCAGGUCAAAAAGCAUUGUGCUUUGAAAGGCCACAACACUCAAAACAUUUAGUCAGCUACUUUGCUUCUGCCACAAAAGAAAAUAGGUUGCGUGAGAUUGUUGAUGAGCAAGUGAUGAACGAGGAUAAUCAUAGAGAGAUCCAAGAAGCUGCAAGAAUUGCUAUUGAGUGUACAAGACUGAUGGGCGAGGAAAGACCAAGGAUGAAAGAAGUAGCUGCAGAGCUAGAGGCCUUGAGAGCCCCAAAAACCAAACAUGAGUGGUCGGAUCAGUACCAUCAGGAGACUGACCACUUGCUCGGUCUUCAAAUUUUAUCUGCACAAGGUGAUACAAGUACCACUGGCUAUGACAGUAUCAAGAAUGAAGCAAGGUUGCACAUUGAAGCUGGUCGCUGA